AUGAUAUCAAAUUAUAUAAUUCACAUCGGGAAUGAUAUUAUAAACAAGAGAAUAAGGAUUAAAGAACUGCUGAACAAGUAUGAAAGGAAAAUAUUAGAAAAAAAUGUGAACGCCUUUUUCUAUAUACUAAUAAAUUUAAUAUUUAAUUUGCCCAUUGAGAGAUUUCGAUUAGUUAUUAACAGAAAAUAUAUAUUUUUAAAAAAAAAAAAAAAAUAUGAUAUUAUUUUUAAUAUAACGAAGAAAUUGCUAAUACUUAAUAAUAUAGAUAUAAAAAAAGAGUUGAACAAUUAUAUAGAGAAUAAAAAGUAUUGUAUUGACACCAAUCAUGAAAUAAAUGAAGCUUUAUCAUCAUGUGCGUGCUCCUUUUUUUACAACGAAAUGAAUUUAAAAAGAUGUGCCAAUCCCACAAGUACUACACUGAUAGAUAAUAUAUACAAAAAGGAAAAUAAUGGUAAUAGAAAACAUAAUUUAUUAAUUAAUGAAAAGAAAGAUAUGUCCCCUUAUAACAUGUUGUCAAAUAUUAUUAUAAAUAAUCCGGACAAAUUAUAUGAUAAUAAAAAAUUAUUUUAUGAAAAUUAUAUAUUUGAAAAUGCUAAAGGCUCUUCUUCAUCCUCUUCUUCGUCCAAUUAUUUAAAUUAUUGUGAGAAUAUAAAAAAUGAUUUUAAUAUUAAAGAAAAGAAAAAACAUUUUUUCUCCUUCAAUUCCUUUUAUUUUAAAGAAAUAAAAAAUAAAAUUAAUGAAAUUAAAUUAAAAUCAAAUGAUGAGUAUUACAAAAAUAUAAGUAUAUCAUGUGAAAAUAAGAUAGACACGACAAGUAGAACAAUAAAUAUGUGUAAUACGUGUAAUGCCUGUAAUGCACGUAACGCCUGUGAUAAAAAAAAUAUUAUACUCAUAAAUCAAAAAGAAAACAAGUCUUCAAAUAUUAACAUUUUUGAUGAAUUUCUUGAUAUCUAUUUACUAUUUCGUUUAAGAGGGGGAAAGGGAGGUUUUGGUGCCAAUUUAAGAAAUAAAAAAAAAAAAAAAAAAAAUUAUCUAGAUGAUGCUUCAAGAAAUUUAAAGGGAAAUAGAAUAUUAUUAGACAAUAUAAUCGAAACUACCGAAAAUCUUAUAAAAAAAAAAAAACAAGAACAAAAAUUAAUUGACAAACUGAACAAUAAUAGUUCACUUCUUAUUAGUAAUAAUUCGUCUUAUGAUAACAACGAUGAAAAAUGUUUAAGUAACUACAUUUUUAAGGAUGAAUCAAGAGAGGAGGAGAUUUCCCCAAAUUAUCUGAUAAUAAAUAAUAGACAAACGAACAUCUUACGUGAUAUUGUUGCAAAUGGGAUUAACCAGGAAAAAAACAUGAAAAAAAUUAAAACAAAGAAGGAUAUUGAAAAAAAUGCAAAAAAGGAAAAAAAGGCAAAAAACGUCAACCUGAAGGCGAUUGAAGAUAUGUAUGGUCAACUGUAA